CUCAUCAUAAAUAUGUUCGGUUACCAGCAAUGCACAGGAUCUUUACAUGGGAUUCAGGGACUGGACUUGGCUUACUUUACACAGCAAAAACACAAACCAACAGUUCCUAGACCUAAAAGGAGAGACAUAAUCUUGUGGCAGUGAAUAUACAGGGAGAUAAGAAUGAAUUUCUGGAGGAAAAUGAAGAGGUCAGACUGGGUCUUCCCCACUGUUUUACUCUCUCUUUAUGGUUUCUUUGCCAACUGCAGACCCGCAGAGCCCUUCCUUACACCUUACUUAGUGGGACCCAAAAACAUCUCAGAGGAAGUGGUAACAAACUACCUGUUUCCUAUCUGGACGUACUCAUAUCUGGCAGUGCUCUGCCCAGUCUUCCUACUGACAGAUUUGCUUAGAUACAAACCAUUAAUUGUAGUUCAAGGCCUUUUUCUUGUCAUAAAUUAUAUAAUUCUGUGUUUUGCUAACAGCUUGUCCGCUCUAACCUACCUACAGUUCAACUUUGCAAUGGUCACCUCCACCGAAGUGGCCUAUUUUUCAUAUAUCUACAGCGUCAUACCUCCUGAGCGCUACCAACGCGCCACGGGGUACGUUCGCAGCGCCAUGCUGACUGGCUAUACCUUUGGAGCCACAUUAGGCCAGCUGUUAAUAUCGUUAGCCGGCACAAGCUACUUCCAUGUAAACACGAUUACUCUAGGUCUAAUGGCAGUGGCUUUCUGUGUUUCUUUGGUCCUGCCAAUGCCUCAAAAUGGAGUGUUUUUUAAGAAGAAGGUGGAUCUGAACGAGGUUGGAGGGACAGACAUAGCAAAGGAGGCUACAGGAAGAUGCUGUGCUUGGGGAAACAUUAUUAAAACGUCCGGAAAACAAAUGUGGGAGAGUUUCAGAGAAACCUACUCGUCCAGAAGUGUGGUGCAGUGGUCCCUCUGGUGGGCUCUGGCCACAGCUGGAUAUGGACAGGUCUUCAACUACGUCCAGCUGAUGUGGGACCACAUCGAGCCCUCCAGCACUGCAUCUGUGUAUAAUGGGGGAGUGGAGGCCGUCUGCACACUUGUAGGUGCAGCUGCAGCGUUCUCCGUGGGUUAUAUCAGAGUCCAGUGGGGGGUGUGGGGCGAGCUCUCUCUGGGGUUCUCUGCCAUCGGAGCAGGGUGUGUGUUUCUCAUGGCCUUCACUGACAAUAUCUGGCUGUGUUACACAGGCUACGCUGUCUUCAAAGCGUCAUACAUGUUCCUCAUCACAAUCACAAUGUUUCAGAUCGCACUUAACCUCUCUAUGGAAUGUUAUGCUUUAACUUUUGGCAUUAACACUUUUGUUGCUCUUACACUUCAAACUAUACUGACUGCUGUUGUGGUGGACAAUUCAGCCCUGGGACUGGACAUCACAACACAGUUUCUUGUAUAUGGAGGUUACUACAGCAUCAUCUCUGUGCUCUUUCUCGUGCAAGGCUUGUACACAGUCUGUAAGCAUUACUGUAAAUCUGCAACAGAAACAAACACAAGCCGGCCGCCUUCUGCCAUUCUGGAGGAGAAAUAUACGGAUCUUGAUCCACAGAUAACACAAAAUAACAAUGAACAUUCAAAACUAUAACAUCACUCACAAAAAGAAAGCAAAAUUGUUUUUUUGUUUGUUUGUUUUUGUUUUUCACAAGCCCACUGUAUUUUUUGCCAUUCGUUUAAUGUUGUUGUUAUCCUGGAGAGGAUAUUAUUGUGUACUGUAUAAUAUGAAUAAUUAUUUAUUCAACCAGUAUAUUUGCAUAUAGACUGUUCAGUCAUUUCCUGUUAAUAAUUUAAAGAGAAUUGAUGCAGUUUUCCCGCAGCAAAUAUUAACCAAACUCUAAAAAUAAAAAUAAAAUAAACUUGUUUACACGACUUUCAUGCUAAAUAAAAGGCGUUUCGAACAUGGCAGCGUUAUGCUUUAGAAAUCAAACGUUUAUAUAUCAUCUUAUAAACAGAAUCAACUAGUUAAAACAGUAAACAACAAAAGAUCGACGCUGAUACAUGGAACGUCAUUUCUGUAAUAUAACACCGGAAGUUUUUGAAACACGUCAUUAGGAAUAGCGGACGUGACGUUAACCAUUUGUAGACUGGGAAUUAGAGUCGAAUAACCUUUUUGCAAGAACGUAUUGUAAUUAUUCACAUUUAUCCAUAUUGCUAGAGUGGUUUAGUUUUAUUUGACUAAACCAUGCUCAUGCCAAUGAUGUUUCCAUAUGUCAUUGUAGU